GAUUACUUAAGUUGUUCGGAACGCACUCUUCCGCCCACGUUUUCUCGCUGAAUCUCAAGCGAAUCUAUCCAACGAGAAUGCCUGAAUGGAGAACAAUGAGUCCAGUGAGAGUUCGAGACCUACCGGUGGUGAUCAGCUGAUGACAGAAUCGGCGACAACCCGAAAUCCCAGCAUAGUGCGCGUGGCUCCGGACUGUUGCAGUCCUUCCGAAGCGUUCAGAAAUCUCGUGGCGCGAUGUUUGAGGGUGAAGCUCCCUACUCCAGCCUGGGAGGUUGGGUAUUAUUUGAAUCCUCUGAACCGAGAUCGAAAGAUCCUGGUGUACAGUCUUGAGGAUCCGGGCCGAACGAAGUGUCUCGUGGUGAAUGAGGAUAUGACUUACGUGGAGAUCGUCAGUGGAUUCAGACGCGACGUAUCGAGAAUCGAACGAAUUCUUUCCAGCUUGCACCUGGAACGACUCUUGCAAGCCUUCCACGAAGCCACGGUCUGCCCAGGAUGGAGACAGAAGUCUCUCGCACAGAAACCGGACGUCGUCCUAAAGGACCAGUUCUACCACGCGAUCAAUUGUUGGGGCGUUGUGGAUGUCACGAAACCGACGUCGAAGCUGUGUCCUGCCUGCACGGAAAGUCAGCGCGUCCACGCCGAGCCUGAAAAGGUCGAGGUUCCACCUGAAGUUCGAGAGGUGCAGAAGAAAACUGUCCAGAAGUUCCGAUGCCGGAUGAGAGUUCAUUUCUGCCGCAAACGAGCGCAGAAAGAAGAAACGUGCAGCGAAGCUGUCUGUCCUCAUCAGAUGGUCAACAUAUCCUUUGAGCACGAUAAUCGCAGGAUGACCGUUCUCCUGGAUAAGUUAUUCGAGGAGCCUCCGGAUGUAUUCCAAUCCGCAAUGAUGACCAUGACAGGAAUGGGCCGACGAACUCAGGUCACCCGUGGCAGUAAGCGAAGACUGGAUGACACGGAAGAGCGAGAUCCGCUGCAACCCCCACAGGAACCUACGCUGGACAGAGGAAGCGCUGGAGACGUUAUCCGAUUCCCGCAGUGCAUCGACAACACUAUGAUUCUUCAAAUUCAACAGGUGUUGAACGACGGUCGAGUCGAAACGAGACAAGUCUAUUUGAAUAGUAUCGAUGAAGGUCAACCAAUGUUGGAACAAGAAGACGGAGCUCAGCUCCCGAUUCAACUACAAGACCUCAUAUCCGAGAUACAGGAUCCCGAAUUGCCGACUUAUGGUGUCGACGCCAUCAUCGGUGUACCUGGAGCCGUAGAUCUCGGAGAAGGUCUGCCGAGCGAAGAGGCUGGACUGGGACUCGAAGAUAUGCAACUAGAGAUGGAUAAUGCAAAUCUCUGAGGGAGCGACAUCGCAUGUACAAAAAAAUGUAAAGAAAGCAGUGUUCUGAGCGUGACUCCCUCCAGAUUUAGAAGAAUCCGGGCGAGCGGAGC